GUGCCUCUGUCACUGUGCCUGUAGAGAGGAGACACGGCAGCCACUAGUAGACAACCAGAGGGUAGAAGUCACUGGUUCUGUGACCUCUGCCCCUUAAGACUUCCAUUUCUUGCUGCACCAGUCAAGUCCCUGGUGCAGCCAUGUGUGACAUGGGAGGACUAGAUAACCUUAUAGCCAACACAGCCUAUUUGCAGGCUAGGAAAAACAGUGAAGGGGAUGCGAAGGAACUGCAAAAGAGGCGCAAAAGCCUGUCUUUGCCUCCACCUGAUGUCUCCCGUAAGGAAAUUAAAGAAACAAUUACCUUGGACUAUCAGAGCAUCUGUGUGGAGCAGCCCAUUGGCCAAAGGCUCUUCAAAGACUUCCUGGCUACAGUGCCAGAGUAUAAGCUGGCCGAGGAAUUCCUGGAAGAAGUAAAAGAUUGGGAGCUAGAGGAAGGCUCGGCCAAGGAGCAGCUCAUGGAGAAGCUGGUGAGCAGAAGGUUCAAGGAGCCUGCUGAAGGAAGUCUUAAUUUCCUGGGGAAGGACCUCUCUAGCCGUAUCCAAAAAGGCCAGAGCAAAGACAUGCCAGAACUGAUUAUGCUUGCUAAAGAAGCAGGGACUGCUUUCCUCAUGGAUGCACCAUUCCAAGACUACCAGAACAGCUCCUUUUAUGACCGUUUCCUACAAUGGAAAGCAUUUGAGAGACAGCAAAUCACCCAGAAAUACUUCUAUGAGUUUAGGAUUCUGGGAAAAGGUGGCUUUGGUGAGGUGUGCGCCAUCCAGGUGAAGAACACUGGUCAAAUGUAUGCCUGUAAAAAGCUGGACAAAAAACGACUGAAGAAAAAGAAUGGGGAAAAAAUGGCCUUGCUAGAGAAGGAGAUCCUUGAAAAGGUCCACAGCCCUUUCAUUGUCAGCUUGGCCUAUGCCUAUGAGACCAAAUCCCACCUGUGCCUGGUAAUGAGCCUUAUGAAUGGAGGAGACCUCAAGUUUCAUAUCUACAACGUUGGGGAAAAGGGAAUUGAGAUGAAGAGGGUUAUUUUCUACAGUGCUCAGAUCUGCUGUGGGAUCCUGCACCUCCACUCACUGAAGAUUGUCUACAGGGACAUGAAACCAGAAAAUGUUCUCUUGGAUGAAAAUGGCAACUGCCGGCUUUCUGACUUGGGGCUUGCCGUUAAAGUCAAAGAAGGCAAACCCAUAACCCAGCGGGCUGGAACUAAUGGCUACAUGGCUCCCGAAAUCCUUACGGACGAGGAUUAUUCCUACCCUGUAGAUUGGUUUGCCAUGGGGUGUAGCAUCUAUGAGAUGGUUGCGGCUCACACCCCCUUCAGAGACCCAAAGGAUAAGACCUCCAAGGAAGAGCUGAAAAGAAGGACAUUAGAAGACGAGGUUGGGUUCCAACACCAGAACUUCACAGAAGAGGCAAAGGACAUCUGCAGGCUAUUCCUAGCCAAGAAACCACAAAACAGGCUUGGGAGCAGGACCAAUGAUGAUGACCCAAGGAAACACUCCUUCUUCAAAUCAAUCAACUUUCAAAGGCUUGAGGCAGGGAUGGUCGACCCCCCAUUUGUACCAGACCCUUCUGUGGUCUACGCCAAAGACAUCUCAGAUAUUGCUGACUUCUCUGAGAUCAAAGGAAUUGAAUUUGAUGACAAAGACGCUAAGUUCUUUAAAAGGUUCGCAACAGGGGCUGUACCUAUCAGCUGGCAAAAGGAGAUCAUAGACACAGGACUGUUUGAUGAGCUCAAUGAUCCAUCCAGGGAAGCAUCAGGCGGAGGUGGGAACAGUGGUGAAAAGUCAGGGGUUUGCUCUAUUCUUUAGAUGCUCCUCUAGACAUCAAAGUGUGAAGAAUAUUAAAAAUUAAAAAUGGCACCUUGGAGGGUGACAAAAGGCUUCAUGGGCAAGUGCACCAAACAGGAGCUUUCCACCAAUAACUAAUGAGAUCUUCAGCCAAAGACCACUAGCUGCCAUAAAUAAAUACAUGAAUAUAUAAGUAUACUGUAUACUCAUCAAUAUUAGAUAGGUACAAAGUGUCCCAACAGUGUGUGUAGGAAGUCCUCACAACAGGUCUAACGGCUGCACCAUAAAUAGGAACAACUGUGUCAGCUCAGGGUUGUAUUUAAUUUAAAACAAGGGAUGAAAUGCACAGCACUUACCACUCAGAGGGAAAUGGUUUAACAUACUAGAGCCAACCUUUCCAUGCUUUAUGAUUAAGGGCAGUUCCUGCACACGUAUGGAAGGCUUCCUAGAUCUGAGUUGUUACAGCUGUGCCCUUUAUGUCGGGGCACAAAUAAAGAUGCGGUUUAUUUAUAACUCUCCCCUGUUUAUGCGUUAAAGGGCGGCUCUUGUGGGGAUGUGAGAAGGUUUUUACUAGAAAAGCCACCUUUGGAGUUUAAUCAGCAGCAGUCAGUUAGAGCAGAGAACCGAUUCAGAAAUAUGGGCCAGCGUGCCCUAUCUAGAUCCUUCCCUAAUGUUUAUUGCAACCAUCGAUCUAAAAAUGUCUUUUUAUUUUUGGAAAAUUCUCUAAAUAUAUAAAUGUUUUGGGGGAUUGUGGCUUGUGGCAAAACAGAUUGUGCUGACUUAAAGUUUUGAUGGUUUUUUAUUAAAGUAAAGAAGCUUAAAACAAA